GGACCAUUUCUGUGAACACACUACGUACACCAUACACCGCACCAGGAGAAAGUGAAAUACUUGACUUGGAUGAUGACUUGUAUCUUGGAGGCUUACCAGAAAAUAAAGCAGGCCUCGUCUUCCCAACAGAGGUGUGGACAGCACUUCUCAAUUAUGGAUACGUCGGCUGCAUUAGAGAUUUAUUUAUUGAUGGUCAAAGCAAAGAUAUUCGUCAGAUGGCUGAAAUUCAAAGUACAGCUGGAGUAAAACCCUCAUGCUCAAGAGAAACUGCAAAACCUUGCCUUAGCAACCCCUGUAAAAACAAUGGUGUAUGCAGGGAUGGGUGGAACAGAUAUGUUUGUGAUUGCUCUGGUACGGGGUACCUUGGCAGAUCAUGCGAAAGAGAGGCGACAAUUUUAAGCUAUGAUGGAAGUAUGUUUAUGAAAAUACAGCUCCCUGUUGUGAUGCAUACAGAGGCCGAAGAUGUUUCUUUACGGUUCAGGUCUCAGCGAGCUUAUGGCAUUUUAAUGGCAACUACUUCUAGGGAAUCCGCAGAUACCCUUCGUUUAGAGCUGGAUGCGGGACGAGUUAAACUAACGGUCAACCUAGACUGUAUCAGGAUUAACUGUAAUUCCA